UUGAAUAAAAGAGACCAACCAUUCAUGGCAAUUCAGAAAAACAAUAGCUCAGAUAAUCUGGUGUUCCGAAUGAAAAAUGGAAUGAGGAGCACCAAGUAUAAACCAGUUGACUAUCAACGGUUGCAAGCAUUAACGGAAGCAAAAAAAUUAGCUUCUGCUUCUGUAGAGCUAAAGAUCAGGAAAGCAGAGAAGGCUUCAAAGAUAUCUAAGGAACAAACACUAAUAAAACAACACAAGCAAGUGUGGUGGCAGGAACACCAACGGCUAACUGAUGUCAGAUGUAAAAUGGAAUCUGAAAUUAAAUCCUUUCUCAGUGAAGAGAACAUUGGAAAUGAAUGUCUUUCUGACCUUACAAAUUUUGAACAAGAGUUAUCAGAACAAUGGUACACAUAUCUUAAAAAUGUGAUAAAUCCUAUUCAGCAGUUGAGAGCAGAUCUAAAAUACAGACAGCAUCACAUUUCACAGUAUUCAUACUCACAUAUUGUGCUUAACUCAGUGAAAGUACUGGAAGAGAUUGACUUCAUGAAGAAACAAUUGACUGCUAUCUUUGAAAGACUUAGUCUGGAGCAACAGAAAAUAGAAAAUUAUCUUUCAGACUGGAGUAUGAAGAUACUAGAUUAUUCUUCAGAAGAAAGAAGUAAACUGCUUAGUGAACUGCCCAUGGAAUUAGAAACUUUGGAAUGCCCAUACCCUGAUUUGAAAUCUUCAAUUCUUCAUGAGUUCUGUAACUUUACAGAGAAAUAUAAAAAAAAACUUCAAGACUUUGAUCUGCAGUUAGAAGACAUAUCCAGAAACUUCCAAUUAAGUGAAGAAGACCACUGGAUUUACCAGGCUGUUUUGGAUCAGUAUCCUGGAGAUCUCUGUGGCAGAAGAACUCUGUAUCUGAACAUGUUACAAAGAUAUUUUCCUCACAAAUCCAGGCAUGAUUUGGUGGAACAUGAGAAAUAUUGUGAUCAAUAUCACUUUGCUAGGGAGCAGCGAAGGAUCCUGAUAUCAAAUUGGAAUAAGAACAGGAGAGACUUUAUCCAGAAGGCUGUGCUGACCCUUGCCGAGGCCUGUGCAGCACACGCAAUGGAGGACACAUUGGCUAAGGACAGGAGAAAGCAACAGGAACUGUGUGCUCAUCUGAAAGCCAAGGUUCUUCAAUGGCGAGCCCACCAGGAAGAGGUAGCAAGACUGGAAAUGGAAAUUUCUGCCAGGAGAAGAGAAAAGGAGAAGGAGAAAGAGAAACUAUGGAAGGAGAAAGAAUUGUUACAAAGAGCAGAGAAGAAAAAGAAAAUAAGAAAAUACAGGGCUAAAAAAGAGCAGAAGUGGCAAGAAAUGGAAAUGAGAGAUCUUCAGCGUCUGGAAGAACUGAAGAAAUUAAUGGCUGAACAAUCAGUGAAAGACAGAGAAAGGGUUAAAUAUAGACAAGAAUUACUGGAAAAGCGUUUGAUGGAGAAAAAAGAAGUGGCCCUUCAAGAAGCUCAUGAAGAAGAAGAGCGAGAGAGGCGGCUAGAAGCCCUUAGGAAACAGGUUGCUAUUGUCGCUCAGUUUGAUCCUGUUAGAAUGAUGUCAGAUACAACCGCAUCAAAAGCAAGGAUGGGUAUUGGAAUUGAAGAAGAAUUUAUUCUUCAAAAACCACUCUUUACAAUGAAUACAUACAAUGAAUACCAGAUAAUUUCUGACCCUAGACUCCGUUUCGAGUUAGCGCUUCGAGAAGCUGGACUUCAUAAAACAUUUUAUGCCAAAGAGAUAUUUCCAAAAAUCAGUCCUCGAAAACCUCCAAGAAAGGACAUGGAGUCUACUGUAUUUAAAAUCUAGAGUUCAUCUGCAAAUCCUAUUAUAUGUAAAUAAGAUUUUUCUUUGAAAACAAAUGUUUAUAUGGAUAACAAUUACUACUUUCUAAAACCUUUUUAAAUAUCAGAUAUAGAAAUCAAAGCAUUCAUUAAAACAUCUUUGUCUUUUAUGACUCAGAAUUUCAUAAUGUCAUGCACUAUUUCCUGUAUCUUUGUUACGUCUAAUAGUACUAAAUUCAACAAGACUAUGAGACAUAAU